AUGUGUGAUAAUAAUUUACUUUUGAAUAUAAUAUGUGCCGCGGAAGCCGCCGGUGAACUAGAUGAACCAACUAUUUCUACUCCUAAAGUAAGGAAAUAUUGUGUUCAUCCAGCCCAUUCAAACAUGGAUGGUGAAAAUCAUUUUUAUAUCUUUUAUGAAAAUAUUCGAAAAUUUCCUUUGAAGUUUUUUGAAUAUUUUCGUAUGUCAAUAACUUCAUUUGAUGAGUUGUUAAAAAUGUUGAGUCCUUAUUUGACAAAGCAGCAAACAAACAUGAGGAAUCCUAUCAGCGCAGAAUUAAGACUUACAGUUACGAUAAGAUAUUUUUCAACUGGUACAUGUUUCAAAGCUCUGCAAUUUGACUUUCAUAUUGGGAAAAGUACGAUUGUAGAAAUUGUUAGAGAAACUUGUACAAUUAUUUGGACAAUUUUGCAACCUGUGGAAAUGCCACCACCCACAACAAAUCAAUGGCUUGAAAUAGCAGAUACAUUUUAUUUAAAAACAAAUUUCCCUAACUGUCUGGGAGCUAUCGACGGUAAGCACAUCAGGUGCAGAAAUCCUCGAAAUUCAGGAUCAUUUUAUUAUAAUUAUAAAAAAUUUUUUUCAAUUAUUUUAAUGGCUGUGGUUGAUGCUAAUCUGAGUUUUGUUGUAAUUGAUGUCGGAGCUUAUGGAAGAGAAUCGGAUUCAAACGUAUUCAAACAAUGUCCAUUUGGCAAAAAACUAUAUUCUGGUCAACUUAAUAUACCAGAACCUGUGUACUUGCCCAAUACCCAAGACGUUGUACAACCAUAUGUAUUUGUAGCAGACGAGGCAUUUGCCCUCCAUAAAAAUUUGCUAAGGCCAUACCCAGGACGAGGCCUAACUGACAAACGUCGAAUUUUCAACUAUAGGCUCUCUAGAGCUAGACGAACUGUGGAAUGCGCGUUCGGAGUAUUGUCAAACAAAUGGAGCGUGUUGCAUACCCCUUUGCUAGUAGAACCAGAUUUUGCAAACGAAAUUAUCAAAGCAUGCUGUAUAUUACACAAUUUUGUGCGUCAAAGGGAUGGAAUCAAUUUUGAUGAUAUGGCAACGAGUCAAUUAAUCGACGACUUGGAGGUUCGAGGAACUGCACCACGUACACAGGGAUUACAGGUCAGAGACUAUUUUUCCGAAUAUUUUAUGGGUCCAGGCGCAGUACCGUUUCAGUCAGUACACAUGUAUUUAAUAUUUUAUAUUUAA